AUGGACACAGACACAGGCAUGCACCAAAACCAACACAACAACCAACACAACAACCAACAGUUCAAAACCCUGCACAACAACAACAACCACAACCAGCACAGCAACCUCCACAACCAGCACAACAACCACAAACAGAGCAAGGACAUAAAAGAAGUAGAGAACAAGGAAACCAAGAAUUCUUAA